UCGCCGGACGGACCGCCCCUGUAGCGAAUUGUUGCCCGAAUGCCGCGAGUUCUUCCUCAAAAGUCGAAGUGAAUUAUGCAGUGAAAUGUGAAUUCUUGUCGCUGGAAUUCACUAAUACGUUCGCUUUACUUUAGAAAUGUGCCUGUCACCAACACCAAGCCCUAGUUUCACGUAUUGACCGUCGACCGCCGUGUUAGUCCGUUUGUGUCCUCUCUCAGGAAUCAUGGAGAUUCAAGGAAGUGGUGAGAGAAACAAACAGAUGUUUGCCGAAUUCACCUUGAAACCUCUGAUUGACUGUCUCAUCUCGUCACUCGUCCUUUGGCUGUGGAAUUCUCCAGCUCGCCUGCAGUUUGUUCUAGAAACAACCAGGUCUGCCACAGUUUCUUUUGGCGAUUGGCGAAACAGCCCAGCAAUGGCUAAUUAUUGCCAGACCUGCAGGAUCAAUAUUUUUCAAAAAAUGGUGAUGGAAUGCACUGGAACCGAGGAACUUCGUAAUGCAGGCCUGAUUUUGACCUCCAGAAAAACCAAUCUGGUUCCUUUGAAGGAGCUGUGCACAAGGAGCAUUGCAGUGAAUGCGGCCAAAUUCUCAGCGUUCCCAGAGAGGAUGUCGCAUCUUCCCCCACAACUUCAGUCGGACAUCCUCAAUUGUGCAUGCCAAAUAAACUCGGCUGCUGUAAGUGUUGUUGCAAACAGCCAGAACUCCUUGCCUCAGAGACAGAAAGUUGUGAUUCCCCUGAGAGUCGUCCAGCAGCUGAUCAAUCGCACCAUGAUUGAAUUUGACUUUGCGCUGUGCCCGAGUAAUGUGUCCUGCUUCUUUGACCCCAACGGAGUGGACUUCAAGUUGCUGCAGACUCUCUCAAGCUCCUGUAAAGGCAAUUGGAGAAUUGUGGACUGACGCAGCAAUACAAAAUAUCCACCUUCUUUGGGCAGCCACAUUAUCAACCUGCUUACCAAAUUCACAAAUCUUCAGCACCUAGACAUGAACACCGUCAAGUUCAGCGACGAUGAUGUCAAGAUUCUGAGCAAAAGUUGUCUCAGAUUGAGAAGCUUGACCCUGGCGAGUUCAAGUACCCUGACGGUAGAUUCACUGUAAAGCUUGAGCACCCUUCCUUCACUUGAAAGCUUGGAGUUGGGCAGGACGGGCACAGAACUAAACAAGGAGAUGAGGCCUUCGUUUCAGAAUGCUAUGAACAUUAUGCCUCACCUGAAAUCAGUCCGCAUUCCGGAAGACCGCUGCGAGACGUGCCCGCUUGAUUGUGAUUGUCAUUAUGGAUAUCGCCUGGACAUACCCCUGAACCCUGAAUGCAUCUACAACCUGGAGGAACUUGGACGUGUUGAACUUAAAGGCUACUUUGAAAACAUUCCUACAGUCCUUCCUAAUUUGAAGAUGGUUUACGUCAAGACUUUUUAUGAUUCCGACUAUGAUUCAGACAGUGAUAUCAACGAAGAUCACAUUCUUGACCCGCCUUUGCCACAUAUUCUUAACCAGCUUCCACUAUUAACGUCACUUAAAUUAGUUUUUGCAGAGGGUGAAUAUGAUUACCAAGAUUACCUUUCUCACCUUGGUCAAAAUCUCACCUACCUUGAACUAAAAAAUGAGGAUGUAUGUGUAAUUGCUGGCAUAGAUAUUUUUAGCAUCCUUCUCCUCUGCCCCAAUUUGCAGUCUUUGAAGUUGCAUGCUUUCCUCAGGCAGGAUGAUCAGUUGGAGGUCAACAAUGUUGAUGUCAAACAGCUGAAGCUCAGAGAGCUUGAAAUAGAUUUUCAGGGUGGGCAGCUUGGUAAUGAAGCCAACAUUUGGAAACUCCUGGAAGCCCCUGAGCUUCACACGGUUUCUCUGGCAUAUCUUUGCUUUGACCCAGCGCCGCAAAAAAAAGUGAUCAGCAGUGAGGGGCGAAUCUUGCAGAACCUUGUCCACUUUGAGUGUUACGGGGCAGUUGGAUCUGCCCAGGAAUGUGAUAAAUAUGUUGAUUUCUGAUAGAUAUUAUGAAAAAUUGUCCCCUGUUGGAAAAAUUCAAAUUUUGGGUGAUAGACUUGUCAGAUACCGCCUCUGUUAAACUCGCAGACAUUACUCCUGAAUUCUGCUGCUUGAUUGUCGAUCAGUAAUAGUUUCAAAGUUGCAUACAACAGAACAGCAAGAGAAUAUAUUUCUUCAAGUUUUUAUUUAAUUUGAUAUAUGUGGCUAAAUUAUUUUUUGUAAUUAAUCUGAUUUAAGAUGUAUUAAUUAAUUGCAAGAAAUUACUGCUCCUCCAAAUAAGUGUAUCUACAACAUUUUCGCAAAUCUAUCUCCGAGCAGAGUGAAAGUUGUUAAGCAGAAAUAAUUUUGAACAUUCAUUCAGGCUGUUAUUUAUUUGGUAGAUGCUGUCAUUUGAAGUAGCCUUUUAUAAUUGAACUUAGUUCUGCGCCCAGGUACCACCCCUUAAUAGGCUCUAUAGCUUCAAAAGUUUUUUCUACUGAAUUACAAAAUUGAAUUUGGUUAUGAUAUAUGCUGUAGUAAUUGUCAGUACUGAAUAUAAAAGACUGAUGUAACCUCAUAAUUAAUGCAUUUUUCAAUUUGUGCCAUUUUCCUUUUUCAAAUUCAGUUAAUGCAUGACGGCAAUUUAAUUAUAUCUCUCCAAAAAUU